UUCUGGUCACUCUGCUCUAUAGUGAUGCGAGAAAGCGGUUGUCAUUUGUUGGCUACAGGCUCAGUGACAAAGCAAUAAUAUUUUAACAUUGUAAUCAACGAAAGAAAGCAGCAAAUAUGUUCCGCAACCAAUACGAUAGCGAUGUGACGGUCUGGAGUCCACAGGGCCGUUUGCACCAGGUGGAGUAUGCGAUGGAAGCCGUAAAGCUUGGCUCAGCGACGGUGGGAUUGAAAAAUAAGGAUUUUGCGGUGCUAAUUGCACUGAAACGUGCAUCGUCCGAGCUUUCGUCGUACCAGAAGAAAAUCAUUUCCAUCGAUGAUCAUCUCGGCCUUUCGUUCGCCGGUAUCACGGCCGACGCUCGAAUCCUUAGUCGCUAUCUGCGCCAAGAGUGUCUGAAUUACAAGUAUGCUUAUGAUGCGUUCUAUCCGGUAGGACGCCUUAUUAGCAAUCUUGGCAACAAGAUGCAAGUCUGUACCCAACGUUAUGACCGUCGUCCGUAUGGCGUAGGGCUGCUGGUCAUCGGUUACGACGACCAGGGACCGCAUAUCUACCAAACUUGCCCAAGUGCUAAUUUCUUCGACUGUAAAGCAAUGUCGAUUGGAUCGCGUUCCCAGAGCGCCCGUACGUAUCUCGAGAAGCAUCUGGCAACAUUCCCGGAUUGCACCAAGGACGAGCUGAUUCGUCAUGGCGUACAAGCGCUUCAAGACACGCUGCCCAACGAGGUGGAGUUGAACAACAAGAACAUUUCGAUUGCGAUCGUGGGCAAGGGCGAAAAUUUCCACGUUCUAGAGGAGCAGGAAAAUGACAAAUACUUGAGCAACAUUGUUCGCCGUGGCGGAGCCGCGCCGGAAGCUGCUGGCGGAAGUCAGCCACCCCGUGACGAUGGUGACGAUCAGCCCCCAAACGUACCGGAUCCAAUUCCAGUAGUGGCGAUGGAAACGUAAAUGAAUCGCAAUCGCCCUUAAGUGGUUUGUGCGAAACGAAACCUACUGGGCUUCAGGCGCAUCUCAACCACUUUACCCUCACCUGGAAUAGAACUGAUGGGUAUUUCAAAAACUGAAGGGUGGGAGUUUGGAAUACGGUUUUAUUUCAAACUCCCACCCCGACAAUUUCUUCGGAAUCCAACAGCGUUCCUUUUGGGCAACGGGCUUUACUGUGAAUUGGAUAUUCAAUAAAAACUCAAGCAAAUAUAA